AUGAUUCCUGAUUUCCACAUGGUCAAGGGCAAACAAGCAGGUGUUGUUGGAGUUGUAAUUGUUGUUGUUGUUGAACUUCUUGUGGUAGGGCCCAUUGUAGUUCGUGUUGUUGUCCUUGAUGUGGUUGAUGGAGUUCUUGAUGUUGUUGAGCCAACUGUUGUAGUUUUGGUUGUUCUUGUGGACACUGAAAAAGGUGUUGAACUUCUUGUGGUAGGGCCCGUUGUAGUUCGUGUUGUUGUCCUUGCUGUAGUGGAUGGAGUUCUUGAUGUUGUUGAGCCAACUGUUGUAGUUUUGGUUGUUGUUGUGGACACUGAGGAACGUGUUGAACUUCUUGUGGUAGGGCCCGUUGUAGUUCGUGUUGUUGUCUUUGCUGUGGUUGAUGGAGGUCUUGAUGUUGAGCUAACUAUUGUAGUUUUGGUUGUUGUGGACCCUGAGACACGUGUUGUUGAAGUUCUUGUGGUAGGGCUUGUUGUAGUUCGUGUUGUUGUCCUUGCUGUAGUGGAUGGAGUUCUUGAUGUUGUUGAGCCAACUGUUGUAGUUUUGGUUGUUCUUGUGGACACUGAAAAAGGUGUUGAACUUCUUGUGGUAGGGCCCGUUGUAGUUCGUGUUGUUGUCCUUGAUGUGGUUGAUGGAGUGGUUGAUGGAGUUCUUGAUGUUGUUGAGCUAACUGUUGUAGUUUUGGUUGUUGUUGUGGACACCGAGACACGUGUUGUUGAACUUUUUGUGGUAGAGCCCGUUGUAGUUCGUGUUGUUGUUCUUGCUGUGGUUGAUGGAGUUCUUGAUGUUGUUGAGCCAACUGUUGUAGUUUUGGUUGUUGUUGUGGACACUGAGGAACGUGUUGAACUUCUUGUGGUAGGGCCUGUUGUAGUUCGUGUUGUUGUCCUUGCUGUAGUGGAUGGAGUUCUUGAUGUUGUUGAGCUAAGUAUUGUAGUUUUGGUUGUUGUUGUGGACACUGAGGAACGUGUUGAACUUCUUGUGGUAGGGCCUGUUGUAGUUCGUGUUGUUGUCCUUGCUGUAGUGGAUGGAGUUCUUGAUGUUGUUGAGCCAACUGUUGUAGUUUUGGAUGUUUUUGAGGACACUGAGACAUGUGUUGUUGAACUUCUUGUGGUAGGGCCUGUUGUGGCUUUGGUUGUUUUUCCUGUUGUUGUCGUUGAUGAUGAUGGGUUUGUAGUGGUGGAACAGGUUUUAUUAAGUGUACAGCAUUCUACCCGUAUUUCAUAGUUGUAACAUGGUGGAAAGUUCUUUUCCUUGUUAUAACAUCUAAGACCAACAGAAACGUCACAUGUCACAUUUUGACCCAAAUCUGCUAACGUCACAUUCUUGUAUUCUUUGGCUCUGCAUUCAAUCUUUGCUGGUUUCUCACAGGAAAUGAUUCCUGAUUUCCACAUGGCAGCUAUAGAUUCAAAUUCGCCUCCUCCUUUGUUUGGUACAAUAUCAGGGUAGUUGGUGUCCAACCACUCAGACCAUUGACAGGUCAAGGGCAAACAAGCAGGUGUUGUUGGAGUUGUAAUUGUUGUUGUUGUUGAACUUCUUGUGGUAGGGCCCAUUGUAGUUCGUGUUGUUGUCCUUGAUGUGGUUGAUGGAGUUCUUGAUGUUGUUGAGCCAACUGUUGUAGUUUUGGUUGUUCUUGUGGACACUGAAAAAGGUGUUGAACUUCUUGUGGUAGGGCCCGUUGUAGUUCGUGUUGUUGUCUUUGCUGUGGUUGAUGGAGUUCUUGAUGUUGUUGAGCCAACUGUUGUAGUUUUGGUUGUUCUUGUGGACACUGAAAAAAGUGUUGAACUUCUUGUGGUAGGGCCCGUUGUAGUUCGUGUUGUUGUCUUUGCUGUGGUUGAUGGAGGUCUUGAUGUUGAGCUAACUAUUGUAGUUUUGGUUGUUGUGGACCCUGAGACACGUGUUGUUGAACUUCUUGUGGUAGGGCUUGUUGUAGUUCGUGUUGUUGUCCUUGCUGUAGUGGAUGGAGUUCUUGAUGUUGUUGAGCCAACUGUUGUAGUUUUGGUUGUUCUUGUGGACACUGAAAAAGGUGUUGAACUUCUUGUGGUAGGGCCCAUUGUAGUUCGUGUUGUUGUCCUUGCUGUGGUUGAUGGAGGUCUUGAUGUUGAGCUAAGUAUUGUAGUUUUGGUUGUUGUGGACCCUGAGACACGUGUUGUUGAACUUCUUGUGGUAGGGCUUGUUGUAGUUCGUGUUGUUGUCCUUGCAGUAGUGGAUGGAGUUCUUGAUGUUGUUGAGCCAACUGUUGUAGUUUUGGUUGUUUUUGUGGACACUGAGACAUGUGUUGUUGAACUUCUUGUGGUAGGGCCUGUUGUGGCUUUGGUUGUUUUUCCUGUUGUUGUCGUUGAUGAUGAUGGGUUUGUAGUGGUGGAACAGGUUUUAUUAAGUGUACAGCAUUCUACCCGUAUUUCAUAGUUGUAACAUGGUGGAAAGUUCUUUUCCUUGUUAUAACAUCUAAGACCAACAGAAACGUCACAUGUCACAUUUUGACCCAAAUCUGCUAACGUCACAUUCUUGUAUUCUUUGGCUCUGCAUUCAAUCUUUGCUGGUUUCUCACAGGAAAUGAUUCCUGAUUUCCACAUGGCAGCUAUAGAUUCAAAUUCGCCUCCUCCUUUGUUUGGUACAAUAUCAGGGUAGUUGGUGUCCAACCACUCAGACCAUUGACAGGUCAAGGGCAAACAAGCAGGUGUUGUUGGAGUUGUAAUUGUUGUUGUUGUUGAACUUCUUGUGGUAGGGCCCGUUGUAGUUCGUGUUGUUGUCCUUGAUGUGGUUGAUGGAGUGGUUGAUGGAGUUCUUGAUGUUGUUGAGCCAACUGUUGUAGUUUUGGUUGUUCUUGUGGACACUGAAAAAGGUGUUGAACUUCUUGCGGUAGGGCCCGUUGUAGUUCGUGUUGUUGUCUUUGCUGUGGUUGAUGGAGUUCUUGAUGAUGUUGAGCUAAGUAUUGUAGUUUUUGUUGUUGUGGACCCUGAGACACGUGUUGUUGAACUUCUUGUGGUAGGGCCUGUUGUAGUUCGUGUUGUUGUCCUUGAUGUGGUUGAUGGAGUGGUUGAUGGAGGUCUUGAUGUUGUUGAGCCAACUGUUGUAGGUUUGGUUGUUGCUGUGGACACUGAGACACGUGUUGUUGAACUUCUUGUGGUAGGGCCUGUUGUAGUUCGUGUUGUUGUCUUUGCUGUGGUUGAUGGAGGUCUUGAUGUUGAGCUAACUAUUGUAGUUUUGGUUGUUGUGGACACUGAGACACGUGUUGUUGAACUUCUUGUGGUAGGCCUCGUUGUAGUUUGUGUUGUUGUCCUUGCUGUGGUUGAGGGAGUUCUUGAUGUUGUUGAGCCAACUGUUGUAAUUUUGGUUGUUGUUGUGGACAUUGAGAUACGUGUUGUUGAACUUUUUGUGGUGGAACCUGCUUUACUUUGUGUUGCUAUUGUUGUUGUUGAUGUAUGUGAUGGCCAGCAGUUUUCACACUUCAUGGUUUCCUCGUUCAGGUAUGGCCUGUCUGUGGGGCACUUGGGAAAACAUCCUAGAAGAAAAAAGUUACCAUUAAUAAA